AGUAUGAUCAUUAUUAUUUUUUCAAAAGUAAUUAAUCAUGACGGUUGAUUUAAAAAUACCGAGAAUGAAGAGUAGAGAUGUAGGUAGCCACGAUGGAUACUAAAAAACUAAUAACCAUCAUAAUUUAUCCCUGCAUAUAAUGUAUAUCUCUAUACUGUAGCCUAGAUUAUCGGGUUGUUCGUAGAAAACCAUUGAACUUUAGUAAAUAUUCUCUUUGCAAGUUGCCCUGGUGCAAAUGGAGUUUUUGUCAUAAACCCUCUUACAUCUUUCAUGUCAUAAAUAGCUUAAUGUCAAUAGCCAUAAUUGUCUGCAAUUUUGAUAUUGUCUCCAAGUCUAAACAGCCCACUGGAGGUGUUCUGGCCAUGCCAAAGUUGUAGGAACUGGGAAGAAUUUCCUCAACACAGUGUAGAGCACAAAAUUGUUGUAUGAAUAUGCACUAAAUAGGUUAUUUCUCAACUCCUCCCCACCUGUACAAAGAGUACAUGCCAUAUUGUCACUCCAACAAUGGCAAGUGAAGAGAUGUUCGAUCUUUGGUUCGUGAUGUUCUUCACUGCUACUAUGAGGAUUCGCUUUCUCGCAUGCAAAUGAAAACUGACCAAAACGUAGCCUUAUGAUCAAACGGGUUCUCUCUCUCUCUCUCUCUCUCUCUUAUCCAUUCUUCUAGCCAAUUAAAAUAUAGCAACCCAUCUAUUUUACUUGAUGAUGGGUGAAACAGCGGCCCAAAGUCUGAUUUAUCUCUCACAACCAACAAUCUUAUAUUUUGUGAAUAUCCAAGAUAAUCGACCAUGCUAUUAAACUGUGCUUAGGGAUGAAAGGCUUGCCCCAUAUAGUACUACACCAAUCAACAAUAGGGCUAGAGGCAUUAAUGGAAUUCUAGACAAGCUUAACGAAAGAGCGAGGUAAUACUUUACCUUCCUAAGUCGAGGAAGAGCCAUCAUUAGACAUAUGUUGUUGGGAACUCUCUGCAUUUCAUAAUGCGACUCCAUAUCUAGGAAGCUGAAAAUAGUUGUGACAAACUCCAGAUGGAUUUAUUCUUAAUCUUGUAUUUCUUGAUCCACGCUACCCAUAAAGAGCCCUUCUCUGCUAGUAGAUUCCAUAGAUGACACAUUGCACAAACUUUAUCUCUAGUUUUGAAAUCCCGGAUCUCCAACUCACCUUCUGUCUUCGGCAAGACAACCUUUUCCCAAGCUACCAAAGUUCUACUUCUCUUCUCCAGACCUCCAAACCCUCAUAGGAAAUUUGUUAAGUUCAACCUCUUUUAAAACCUUUAACAAUAAUAGUGUCAUCCAGUACUGCAUUAUGUUGGUAAUCACAGAGGAUAUAAGCUACAUUCUUCCUGCAUAACUCAACACACAAGUCUGCUACGACUGAACUCGUGUUGUGAUCUUAUCUACAAGAGCUUCACAUUUAUUAGAAGAUAGCAUCCUUGUAAUUAAUGGUACUCAUAGAUAGCCAACAUGCAACUCUCCUAGUGGCAACCCUGUUACUCUAGACCUCUUAUGAGCAUUAAACGAUUUUUGGCUUAUUGAAUUUGAGUUUUGCUUAACGAUUUUUCGAUUAUAAUCAGUCACAUUCCGAUUCUUGGAGGAAAAGUUGUUGCAAAAGUUAAAAGGUUGGAAGCAGAGGCACUUGUCCUGGGCGGCGAAGGAGACUUUGUUGAAAUCGGUGGCGGCAGCAUUGCCGGUCUAUGUCAUGCCGUGUUUCAAGCUUCCUGUUACAUUAUGUCGGUGCCUUGAUAAGUAUAUGGCUCGCUUUUGGUGGGGUGGGUCGAUUGAUAGGGUUCACUGGAUGUCGUGGCGAAAAUUGUGUCGUAAUAAGCAAGAAGGGUGAUUGGGCUUCCGUCGGUUUGAGCAAUUUAAUCAAGCUCUCCUCGCGAAAGUAGGGUGGCGGAUUAUCCAGGACCCUGACUCUUUGCUUGCUCGGAUUUAUAAGGAAAAGUAUUUCCCGAACGGAACUCUAUUAGCGGCUACAGUGUGGUCUAGGCUGUCUUGGGGGUGGCAGAGCGUCUUACAUGGGGUUCAGCUACUAAAAGCGGGUCUGCGAUGGCAGGUUGGUACGGGGGAGGAGGUGGAGGUGGAGAUUGCAAAAGCUAAUUGGGUUCCGGGGUGUCACACAAAUCCUCAAAUGGUGUUGCCGUCAGCUCAUCUAUGGGAGGGUGCUAUGGUGGCGGUUUGAUGGGAGAGUAGACAGGGACGUGGUGUGAUGAUUGUUUGGCUCGAUCGUCCUCCCAAGUUUACCUGUUCGCGAUAAGCUGGUCUGAUAUGAGGACCGAACGGGGAAGUAUACGGUUAAAUCAGGGUACCACUUGGCGAUGCGGUUGAACAGGAGCCAGUGGAGGGGGAAGUGUGAGCCAUCCUGGAUGGAUUCAGUCCUGUGGGGGAAGUUGUGGAAUCUUGGGAUUCCGCCGAAGCUCAAGUUUUUGUAUGUGGCAGGCCAUGAGCAGGAUAUUGCCGACUAGGGAGGCCUUUCUUGCUUGAGAUAUUGAGGUGUUAGAGCGGUGUCCGGUUUGUUGGCAUGAGGUGGAAACCUUGGAGCAUUUGUUUCUUCAUUGUCCUGUGGCUAAGGACUUGUGGGCAGAUUCGGGACUAGAGGAUGUGCGUGCUGGGUUACUAGAGGAGAAUGUUGGGUUGUUUGUUCGCUGGAUGAUAGAGACGGUGUCUGAUGAGGGGGUCCUUAUGCGUUUCGUCUCCCUGUUGUGGCGGGUGUGGAAAUCCCACAAUUGGGUGGUGUUCGAGGGAUGCCAAUAUCAAAGGGAGGUCCUGCGGAACCAGUGGGUAACUCCGGUGGAAGAAUGGAAACGUAUGAGGAGUGUAGAGGAGGAUCGGCAUCAAGGCCGGAGACAGGUGGCGCCGUUAGCUCCACUUCGGUUUCCUCAGGGUGUGUCUUGGGUGUGCUCCUUUGAUGGAGCAGUGCGUGAGGCGUCACAUUCUGCUGUGGGAAUUGUCCUACAGGGUCCAUAUGGGGUGGUGGUUAGGGCUCUGGGAAAGGGUUUGGCUGAUCUAACGGACCCAAUGCUAGUGGAGUUGAUGGCUAUUCGUGAGGCGAUCUUGUGGUGUCGGUCGAUGGGUUUGCACGAUGUCUGCUACCAGGGGGAUGCUAAGGUCGUCAUCGACAAGCUUUUGGCCGGGUGCGCUUGGGAUUGCUAUGGGGGAGCAGUGUUGCGGGAGGUCCAGGAGCUGUUGGCCAAUGUGACUGGGGAUGUGCUCCGAUUUGUAGGCAGGGAUAACAAUAGGGUAGCCCAUAGGGUGGCUAGGAAGGCCCUUUCUUUGUAUCCUACUCUUAUCGGGGGGUUUGAUUUUUGCGUUUGGCUCCAUUCGUAAUCGUUUGUGAUCUUUAUUUUUUGGUAAUACAAGCUAUCUUUUCUAUAAAAAAAAAUCUAUAAUCAGUCACAUAACAAUAAAUCAUUAAAACUAAAGGAAAACAUCCUGUAAAAAAACAUAAGAAAUCAUAAAAUUCGGU